AUGUGGCGCCGCUCGCUAUCGUUGCGUACGCGGCUGGUGACGCUUAAGUAUCAGCCCAUUGCCACACGCUUUGUGUCAUCUGCCGUACAGAUGUCUGAGGAGCAGGAAAUGCUCAACGGGCCGCGCGAAGCCAUGGAUUACGACGUGCUAAUGGUGGGUGCAGGCCCUGCAAGUCUUGCGGCCGCUAUCCGCUUGAAGCAACUUUCAGCUGAGAGAGGCACCGACCUUUCUGUAUGCGUCGUCGAAAAAGGAGCCGAAGUUGGCUCGCAUAUUGUGUCGGGCAACGUGCUGGAGCCACGCGCUUUAAAUGAAUUGUUGCCCAAUUGGAAGGAGCUGGGAGCUCCUCUGGACACACCCGUUAGCAAAGACAAAUUCCUCUUGCUCACAGAGCAAAAUUCCUUCAGUCUGCCGCACUUCAUAUUGCCACGAGAAGAGCACAAUGAUGGCAACUAUGUAAUUAGUCUCAGUAAAUUUGUCCGUUGGAUGGGCGAGCAAGCUGAAGAAGCAGGCGUCGAGAUUUACCCGGGCUUUUCCGCCUCCGAAGUACUGUACCGUGAUGACGGAUCCGUCAGUGGUAUUGCUACACGUGACGUUGGUAUCGGCAAAGAUGGCAAACCGAAGAACACGUUUGCUCGAGGUAUGGAACUUCGUGCACGUGUGACGCUUUUUGGAGAGGGCUGUCGUGGCUCCUGUAGUGAAGAAGUCAUGGAGAAAUUUAAUUUACGAGAAGGCGUACAGCCCCAAACGUACGGGAUUGGUGUGAAGGAGGUGUGGCGCAUUCCUAAAGAAAACCAUCAGGCUGGUCUUGUGCAGCACACACUUGGCUGGCCUUUGCAACGCUCGGUAAUGGACAAGACGUUCGGGGGUUCAUUCAUGUAUCAUAUGGAAGACGACCUCGUACAGAUAGGUCUUGUCGUAGGUCUGGACUAUGAGAACCCAUAUAUAAAUCCGUACGAAGAACUUCAGCAGUUCAAGACCCACCCAGCUAUUCGGAAGUUCUUGGAAGGUGGCGAGUGCAUCCAGUACGGAGCUCGGUGCUUAAAUGAGGGUGGCUACCAUGCUAUUCCAAAGCUGACGUUCCCUGGUGGAGCCUUAAUAGGAUGUUCGGCAGGUUUUCUGAACGGUGUCAAGAUCAAAGGCACACAUACUGCAAUGAAGUCUGGGAUGCUUGCUGCUGAGGCCGCCUAUGAAGCUCUGACUAUCAAUGGUGCAACGCCAGUGGCUGAGUCUGCGGCGAUAAAUUCCAGCGAAGAAGCUGUUGAUAUCUCUAGCUACGAAGCCGCUGUAGAGAAAUCGUGGGUCGCCGAAGAGCUCAAGGCCGUUCGUAACGUCCACGCAGGUUUCCAUAAAGGGUUUCUACCUGGUUUACUUUAUGCUGGAGUGGCGACGCACGUACUGAGAGGAAAGGAGCCGUGGACGAUCGCAAAUACUGAAACAGACGCGAACAAAACGCGUCCGGCAAACAACUUUACGCCCAUUCAGUACCCAAAGCCGGACGGUCAGUUGACAUUUGACCUACUUUCAAAUCUGCAGCGCAGUGGUACCAAUCACAACCAUGACCAGCCCUCUCACUUGCGUAUCAAAUCGGAGCUUUCUGAGGUUCCGUCAAAAGAGUCAUAUCCAGUGUAUGCUGGACCGGAACAGCGAUUUUGUCCUGCCCGGGUCUAUGAAUACACGGAUGGUACCGAGGCCAACGGUGUUCCCCAGCUUGUCAUCAACGCUCAAAAUUGCGUUCAUUGCAAAUGUUGCUCAAUCAAGAUGCCGAAGGAGUAUAUUAAGUGGACUGUUCCUGAAGGUGGAGGCGGCCCUGCUUAUGAACUCAUGUAA